AUGGAGACUCCUAACGCCUUGAUCUCCGUGGUAGCUUCGUCUCGCGCUGUUAUCUCCGGCCGUUUGACGUCGGCCACGCUUGUAAUCUCCCAGGCCACCGGCAAGAUCACUGCCGUCUUCGACUCCGUCAUCCCGGCUUCUCAUUUCCCGGAAGGUACACCGUACAGGGACUACUCCCCACACGUCUUGCUUCCUGGCUUGGUGGAUGCCCAUGUGCAUCUGAACGAGCCCGGCCGUACGGAAUGGGAAGGCUUCUAUACUGGCACGCAGGCGGCUGCUUUCGGCGGGGUGACCACCGUGAUUGACAUGCCUUUGAAUGCUAUCCCGCCAACAACUACAGUGUCUGGGCUGAAGGAAAAGGUCAAGGCUGCUCAGGGCAAGUGUUGGGUAGAUGUUGGCUUCUAUGGUGGCAUCAUCCCCGGCAAUGCUUCCGAACUCAAGGGCCUUGUUCAGGAAGGUGUUCGAGGGUUCAAAGGAUUCCUUAUCGACAGUGGGGUCGAAGAAUUCCCGGCCGUCUCCUCCGAAGAUAUUAAAAAAGCGAUGGUGGAGCUAGCAAGUGAGCCAACCACCCUUAUGUUUCAUGCCGAGAUGAUCCCGCCUGUCACUGCAUCGGUGGGUGAUGAUGUCCAAACAUCCGCGCCCCCUCUUGCCCCGGAAGGACCCCUGGAGGCAUACUCCACAUUCUUGGCUUCUCGUCCUCCGAGUUUUGAGACUUAUGCUAUCGAUGAAAUUAUUUCCCUCUCACCUAUAGCCCCAAAUCUUCCUCUGCAUAUCGUCCAUCUGUCAGCCAUGGAGGCCAUUCCUGCAUUGCGUAAAGCCCGUGCAGAGGGUGUCCCCAUCACUGCUGAGACAUGCUUUCAUUACCUGAGUCUCGCGGCUGAGGAGAUCCGGGACGGUGAUACCCGCCAUAAGUGCUGCCCUCCGAUUCGUUCACGGCUCAACCAAGAUAGCCUGUGGUCAGAACUAGAGCGGCAUGCAGCUGACGGUGUCAUCAAGACUGUGGUCUCCGAUCACUCCCCAUGCACUCCCGAUCUGAAGCUCUUGCCCUCUCACAUCCCCGGCUCCUGUCUGUUUGGCGGUGCGGUUGCAAACUGCAAGCCCAAAGAGGAAGAAGAAGAAGAAGGCAACUUUUUUUCAGCUUGGGGCGGCAUCUCAUCCGUUGGCCUAGGGUUGCCUAUCCUGUGGACCGAGCUCAGUCGCAGAAAGAAACUCACAUCCGCCACCGACGACGAAAACACGAAGCGUGCGCUUCAGGACAUUGUCCGGCUAUGCUGUGCUAACACCGCUGCCCAGGUUGGUCUCGAGAGCCAGAAGGGAGAUCUAUUAGUCGGCUUUGAUGCUGAUAUCUGCGUCUUCGACGAUGCCGCCGAAUGGGUCGUUCAGCCUAGCACCAUGCUGUUCCGUAACAAGUGCUCUCCUUAUCAAGGCCGCAUUCUCCGGGGCAUGGUGCGCGAGACCUGGCUCCGUGGCGAACGCAUGUUCAGCAGAGAAGACGGGUUCACCAGCGAGGUUCCUUCCGGUAAGCUCCUCUUGGAGAAACGCAGGUGA